UUCAAUUCGCAAGAAGCAACAGGGAGCAGCCUGGAUGAUUUCUAAUAUUCUGAGCACCAUUUAGGGAGAUGCAACUUUAAAUCUCCAAACACUGUCUUUCAUCUAUUUUGUUAAGAAUAGGAAAACUUUUUUUUUUUUUUUUUAAUAUUUGCAAAUAGCUUUUUAUUAGUCUAAACAAGAAAGUACAAAAAAGCAUGGAGAUGGAGACCGACAAUCAAACAGAAUAUUAUUAUGAAUAUGAGUAUGAAGAGGAGAUUGAUCUGGAAUCGCUACACAUCCUCUCCAUUGUGCUUUACUCAAUUGCCUUCAUUCUGGGAACGUCAGGAAAUGGCCUGGUCAUCUGGAUUACCGGUUUCAAAAUGAAGACGUCUGUCAACACCAUUUGGUUUCUAAAUCUGGCCAUGGCUGAUUUCAUCUUCACCUUCUUCCUGCCUCUCAGCAUUGCCUACACUGCCAUGGGCUUCAUAUGGUCCUUUGGCUGGUUUCUGUGCAAACUCAACUCCUUCAUAAUGGUCCUGACGAUGUACAGCAGUGUCUUCAUCCUGACAGCCAUCAGCAUUGACCGCUGCCUCUCAGUAGUGGCUGCCGUUUGGGCGCAAAACCACCGCACGCCCAGGAAGGCUUGGUUCACUUGUCUGAUACUAUGGGCAUUGGCUGGGGUAUUUAGCUCUCCAUAUUUGAAGUUCCGGGAUGUGAUCAAAAUCAAUGAAACAAUACAAAGGUGUUCCUACAGCUUUGGCAAUGGUACAGCUAUGCAUGCAUACACACAUAAGGCUCUGACCAUUACACGUUUCCUAUUUGCUUUCCUGCUUCCCACAAUCGUCAUCAUCUCUUGCUACACUGCCAUCGGUUACAGAUACAGCACCAUCCAUCGCAAGAGAUCCUUCAAACCCUUCAAGGUGAUUGUUGCAGUCAUUGUGACCUUUUUCAUCUGUUGGAUUCCCUUCCACAUCUUCCAGAUACUGGAGUUAAAAGCAACGAGUGAAGGGUCUUCCCUUAAGGUGGUCCACGUUGGGAUGCCUGUUGCCACCAGCAUUGCUUUCUUCAACAGCUGUCUUAACCCCAUCCUUUAUGUCUGCAUGUGCCAGGACUUUAAGGAGAAGCUAAAGAAGUCCUUCCUUAAGGUGUUUGAGAACGCCUUUAUUGAAGAGACAACACUGUACCACCUGAGCAGCCGUCGAUCCACUGUCCAAAUGGAGUCUUUAGUUGGGGGGCAGAAGAUUGAUGGGAUCAAUCCUGAACCAAAGUGAUGUCUGUGGUAGCAACACAAUCCAUAUAUAUAUAUAUAUAUAU